AUGGCUGACGAGUUGACUCCCGAGGUCCCGAUGGAAAACAAAAAACCAGAAGGCACCACUGAUCCGGUGCCGGAGGCGGAGAGUUCCGGCGACGACGUCUCAAAGCGUGCCAGGGAGGAAGAUGAGGCGGCGGAUGAAAAUGGAGAGAAAAAGGCGAAAAUCGAGGGCGACAAGUCCGAAGAUGGUGAUGAGAAAAUAGAGGAGGAUGGGACGGAAUCAAGCGGCGCCUCCGUCGGUCCGAAAACGUUCGGGUCGUCCGUUGAGAUUUUCGAUUACUUCUUUAAGCUUCUUCAUGCCUGGCCAACUAAUCUCGACAUUAACAAGUAUGAGCACUUAAUGCUGCUAGCACUCCUCAAGAAAGGCCACUCAGAUCCAGAUAGAAAGAUCGGGAACGGGAUUAAAGCCUUCCAAGUUCGUUUUCACCCUCAGUUUAAGAGCCGCUGUUUUUUCCUCACGAGAGAAGAUGGAUCGACUGAUGAUUUUAGCUUCAGAAAGUGUGUGGAUCAGAUUUUGCCUUUGCCCGAAAAUAUGCAGAUAAAAGACGAUGUCAAUAAGGCAUUGCGUGGGAAGGGAGGAGGCCGUGGGCGUGGUCGUGGGCGUGGCCAAGGUGGGAAAUGA